CUACACUUACUGUCCAAUGAACCCAACCAAUAAACAAUAUCUGUUUAACAUUACAACUACUAAUAAAGCUGGGGAUGGAUCUACUAGUAACAUAACUGUUGGAUUUGAAUCAACAAUAGAUGUAGAGUUAUAUGUAACUGAUAAGGAAAGAGGGAAUGUAAAUUGGACUUUUCAUUUCAUUGUAUUUGUUCAUCAGUUUUGUACUAAUGUACCACCACUAAUGAACAUUACAUUGAAAGGAUGUACUAAGGAUAACUGUUAUUCAACAACAAAUGUAUUCAUAAGCAAUAGUUCUUAUAGUAACAUUUCACUUGUUGUUCAAUUUCCAUCAAAUAAGACACUCAAUACUAAUGCUACCUUGUACUAUCAAAAUGGAGUUACAGUUCAAAGCAACACAAUAACAAUCAGUACUCAUGAUCUGAACUUGACAUUGAUUAAUGUUUCAUCAAAUUCUGUUUGUAUUCAGUUUCAGUUUGUCGAUGGCAGUACACUUUAUAUUGAUUACAUUCACAUUAUUGAUAGUCAAGGCUGGUUUCAUUGGGAUGACCUCAAACCUUUUAAUGAUUCAUUGAACUUUAUUAAGUGUUUUGAUGGCAUACCAGCUGGUAAUAACUUAACACUGCAUGCAUGUGAAUUCGAAAGCUUUUUCGAGAACUAUAAACCUAAUUGUCCUGCUGUAAUAACUGGUAUUAAUAUUACUAAUGACUCUACAUCUUCAGUUCUAAUGUCAUCAGUUCAUUCUUCAGUCCCAACUACUUCAGGCGUAUCAGCUACUUCAUCAGUAUCAAGGUUCCCAUGGGCCAGCAUAAGUAGUAGCAUAGAUGCUUCUUCUUCAUUCCUCAUUUCUUUAUCGUUCGUAUCAUCAAGUAGUAUGGCCACAGACUGCACGAUAUGUUCUACAGUUACUGCAACAAGAGAUGAUUGUUUUAAUUCCUGCACUAAUUCACCAGUAUUGAAUACUAUAUUAGGUGUAUUCCUCAUACUAUCACUAAUAAUUAAUAUUAUUACAUUAACUGUGUGUUACUGCAAAAGGAAAGGGAAGAAUGGUCAAAGUUCACAAGAGCAAGAACUAUCAUCAGUUGAUCCACAGUAUGAGAAUCUACAUCUACCAGUUCCACAUUCAGAACUAUCAAUGAAAGAAUGUGCUGCUUAUGGUGUAGUGGAGGGAUCAACUACAAAACUUUAACUUUGAAACUUUUUGUGUGAUAACA